CAAUUAGAAGACGCCUAUGUGAAGCCAAGCUAUCUGCAAGAAGUCCCCGCAAAGUCCCACUGUUGGAAAAAAGACGUGCUGAAGAGGUUACAAUUUGCCAAAGAGCACAUUGACUGGCCUAAAGAGAAAUGGCGCAACAUUUUGUGGACUGAUGAAAGUAAGAUUGCUCUUUUUGGGUCUAGUGGCCGGAGACAGUUUGUCAGACGACCCCAAAACACUGAAUUCAAGCCACAGUACACUGUGAAGACAGUGAAGCAUGGUGGUGCAAGCAUCAUGAUAUGGGGAUGUUUCUCAUACUACAGUGUUGGGCCUAUUUAUCGCAUACCAGGGAUCAUGGAUCAGUUUGAAUACAUCAGAAUACUUGAAGAGGUCAUGCUGCUUUAUGCUGAAGAGGAAAUGCCCUUGAAAUGGGUGUUCCAACAAGACAACGACCCCAAACACACCAGUAAACGUGCAACAUCUUGGUUCCAGACCAACAAGAUUGACAUCAUGGAGUGGCCAGCCCAAUCCCCAGAUCUUAAUCCAAUAGAAAACUUGUGGGGUGACAUCAAAAAUGCAGUUUCUGAGGCAAAACCAAGAAAUAGAGAAGAACUGUGGAAUGUAGUCCAAUCAUCCUGGGCUGGAAUACCUGAUCACAGGUGCCAGAAGUUGGGUGACUCCAUGCAACACAGAUGUACAGCAGUUCUCAGAAACAGUGCGACUACAACCAAAUAUUCAUUAAGGGAUUCAAAGGAAAGCAAAAUCUUCAAACAAUUUUCAGUUUAUAUAGUGAAUGUUUGA